AUGCCCGACGCCAGUGCUCGCGCCGACCAGUACGGCGAAUCUUUCACCACCAUCAACGAGCUCCUCCCGGCUCGUUCUCGGCAGUACCCAGAUGUUCCCAUCCUCGGCGUGCCCGGCAAGGACGGCGUCGUGCGCUCGUUCACCUACCGUGAGCUCGAGACGGCGACCAACCUCCUCGCGCACCACCUCGCGACCGUGAUCCCGCCACGCGCCAAGGGCGACACGAGCACCCUCACCUGUGCGCUCCUCGCCCCGUCGGGCUACGACUACGCCAUCCACGAGAUGGCGCUCGUCCGCAUCGGCUACGCCGUCCUCCUCGUCAGCCCAAACAACUCGCCGCCCGCCAUUGCCCACCUGUGCACGGCGACCAAGGCCUCGUUCCUCUUCACGGCGCCGGCGUACGUCGAGGCGGCAAAGGAGGCGCUCGCGCUCGCGACCCAGAACAAGUCGACCGAGCACGCCCUCGCGCCUGCGACCGAGCAUCGCUUCGAGGUGCUCGACCUUGCGCCACCCGCCGUCUACUCGGACAAGGCGAUCGCGACGUCGACCGUCUCGCCCUACCCUGUCGCGCUCGCGCCGGCCGACGAGGGCGCCCUCACCGCCUUCAUCGUUCACUCGUCGGGCAGCACCGGGUUCCCCAAGCCGAUCUACAUCUCGGGCGCGAGUACGGCGUUCAACAUCGCGACCAACUUUGGCCUGAGCGGCCUGACGACCCUGCCGCUCUACCACAACCACGGGCACUCUUGCUUCUGGCGCGCGCUGCAGUCGGUCCGCCAGCUGUGGCUCUACCCGGCGAGCGACCUUCCUCUUACUACCCCGAACGUCAUGAACAUCCUCGAGCAGCCGUCCGUCCAACCCGACGCGCUGUUCGGCGUCCCGUACGUGUACAAGCUCCUCGGCGAGACGGACGCCGGCGUCAAGACCCUGCGCAAGUUCAAGCUGUGCCUGUUCGGCGGCAGCGCGAUGCCGACAGAGCUCGGUGACCGUCUCGUCGAGGCCGGCGUCAAGCUCGCCGGACACUAUGGCGCCACCGAGGUCGGCCAGCUCAUGACGUCGUUCCGCGACUACGAGAACGACAAGGAGUGGGCGUUCAACCGGGUCCCGGCGGCGCUCAAGCCCUACUUCAAGCUCGAGGAGUACAGCCCGGGCGUGUACGAGGUCGUCAUCCUCGACGGCUGGCGCGGAAAGGUCGUCUCGAACCGGCCCGACCGCUCGUACGCGACGAGCGACCUGUUCGUCAAGCACCCGACGCUCGACGCCUUCAAGUUUGUCGGUCGCGUCGACGACACCCUCGUGCUGGUCACGGGCGAGAAGGUCAACCCUGUCCCGAUCGAGCUCACGUUGCGCGGCGAGUCGCCCUACAUCAAGGACGCGAUCGUGUUCGGCGUCGAGCGGACCCAGACGGGCGCGCUCGUCAUCCUGUCCGACACCGUGGACCCGUCGACGCCUCGAGACGAGCUCAUCAAGCUGGUCGCGCCCGCCGUCGAGCUCGCCAACUCGGAGGCGCCGUCGCACUCGCGCCUGACCGAGGAGAUGCUCGUCUUCCUCCCCGCCGACACGGUCAUUCCUCGCGCCGACAAGGGCUCGUUCAUUCGCCGCAAGGUGUACGUCGCCUUCAAGGACAUCAUCGACAAGACCUACUCGGACCUCGAAGGUGGCACCGGUGGCUCUCGACCUGUCGGCGCGCUCGAGGACAUGCGCUCGUACGUUCACGAGCUCAUCGCGUCGAUUGUCAAGUCGUCGGACGGCCUCGAGGACGACACGGACCUGUUCUCGUUCGGGCUCGAUUCGCUCGCCGCCACUCGCAUCCGCAACGCUCUGCAACGAGAGCUCGACUUGGGCGGCAAGAAGUUGCCGAUGAACUUCGUCUUCGAGCAGCCGACCAUCGCCAAGAUGUCGGCUUACCUGGUCGCGCUCGCCAAGGGCGAGUCGGUCAUCGAGCGCACGCAGGUCGAGCAGAUGGGCGACCUCGUCUACAAGUACCGCCACUUUGACGUCCCGAGCACGCUCUCGCCCAACGCCACCUCGCCUGCAUCGGCCGAGGUCGUCCUCCUGUCGGGUGCGACGGGCUCGCUCGGCGCCAAUCAGCUCGCGCAGCUCCUGUCGAAGCCCGAGGUCAAGAAGGUUUACACGCUCGUGCGCGCCAAGGACGACGAGGAGGCGGCAGUGCGCGUCAAGACGUCGCUCGAGGAAAAGGGCCUCGCCGGCGCACAAGAUUCGCGCAUCGAGGUCAAGUCGGACGUGACGGUCGUUCUGCAUUACGCCUGGAGCGUCAACUUCAACCUGUCGAUCGGCUCGUUCGAGCCGCACAUUCGCGGCGCGUGCAACCUCAUCCAGCUCUGCCUCUCGUCGCGCCGACUCGCCGCCUUCUACUUCGCGUCGUCGGUCUCGGCGGUCGCGGCCUACUCGGGCCCGUCGAACGUGCCCGAGGCAGUGACGGACGACCCGCACUCUGCGCAGGGCAUGGGCUACGCGCGGUCCAAGUGGGUGACCGAGAAGCUGUGCCAGAUCGCAAGCGAGACGACGCCGGUGCGGGCGGUCGUGCUGCGCGUCGGGCAGAUGGUGGGCUCGACGGUCGACGGCCGGUGGAACGAGACCGAGGCGGUGUCGCUCAUGAUCAAGACUGGCGACACACUGCAUGCGCUGCCUGAGCUGCAAGAGACGCCGAGCUGGCUGCCCGUCGACUGCGCGGCCUCGACCAUCUGGGACCUCGUCACGAGCGAGCCGCCGUCGGCGCGCACCUCUCAGUGCUGGCACGUCCUCCAGCCUCGCCUCGUCCACUUCUCCUCCAUCCUCGACUCGCUCGCCGCGUCCGGCAUGACGUUCGAGCGCGUGCCGCCUGCCGAAUGGGUCGACCGCCUCCGCAAGGGCCCUCAAGACCCUGUCGCCAACCCGGCCAUCAAGCUGCUCGGCUUCUUCGAGUCGAAAUACGCCUCGAAACCCGCCUCCGGAACCGCCGUUCCCGCCGACGACGCCGCACCACCUCGUCGCUCCCUCGACUGCUCGCGCACCUUGGCGACGAGUCCGAGCCUGCGCGAUGCACCUGUCGUCGGCAAGGAGCUCGUCGCUCGAUACGUCGAGGCUUGGCGCAAGUCCGGGUUCCUCGCACCUGUGGGUGCAUGAGGCAGGCCGCUUGGACAGGAGCUCGGUCGAAUGCUCGCGGUGCGCCAGAGGGAGUUUGCCGUCCCGAGGGUUUUGUGGCGGACGUUGCCGCCCUUGUAUCUCUCGAGUCCUUUCAAUGAUCAUCAGUACUCUCGG